CCGCUCUCGCGGUUAGUCUGAUCGUAGAAUUCGGUGCGAACGGGCGGUGAACACACCUUCCAUAUUUUACUUCAAGUGUCAAAAUUGCGCGCGCGCUUCUCCUUACGAACCGAUCAACGCCAGGAACAAGCGUCUCCGACGUUGGGCAGCAACAUCCAAAUAGUAUUUCCGACAGUCGAUUCGAUUCGAGUGAUAUUUAUUAGCAGUGUAAAAGCGACGACUAAUUGCAGCAGAAAGCAUGGCGCCCCGAAACAAGCAACAGGAACAGGAGGUUCUCGAAUGGAUCGGAGCCGUGCUGGGCGAAAAGCUGCCGGCCGGUGCCUACGAGGAUGUGCUCAAGGAUGGUAUCGUACUGUGCAAACUGGCCAACAAACUGGCUCCCGGUUCGGUAAAGAAGAUCCAGGAGCGCGGUACCAACUUCCAACUGAUGGAAAACAUCCAGCGGUUCCAGGCCGCCAUCAAAAAGUACGGCGUCCCGGAGGAGGAAAUCUUCCAGACGGCGGAUCUGUUCGAACGUCGUAACAUCCCCCAGGUCACGCUGUGUCUGUACUCGCUGGGACGAAUUACCCAAAAGCACCCGGAGUACAACGGUCCCACCCUGGGUCCCAAGAUGGCGGAGAAGAACGAACGUACCUUCACCGAGGAGCAGCUGCGAGCCCACGAGGGUGAACUGAACCUGCAGAUGGGUUACAACAAGGGUGCCUCCCAGUCCGGACUCGGUUCGUUCGGCAACACCCGUCACAUGUAAAACGCAGCAGCCAACGGACGUAGCAGGCGCUGAGCGAUUGUCAUUUUCAUUCACUCAUCAUCACCGUUUUGAGCGAUGCGUUCGAAAAAAAAAACAAAAUGUGUCACAUGAUUUGCGUUUGCGUGGUGGAACUCUGCAUUUAGUGGACGAAAAACACAAAAUUUCGGUCGGAACUAUUUUCGUGAACGAAAUUUUAUAGAAAAGAAAACCGCUGCUACUUUUGACCUGCUAUUUCAUGCUGAAUUAAGAAAAAAAACCCACACACUCGAAUCGCAUCAGGCAGUCUUGAUUGACUUGCAAAUGCGAACGAUAUUUAUUUUUUUUUAUUCCAAAAUAACACGAUCUUUUGACCGCAAGAAAAUCUAUAUAUUCGAGAGGGUGAAUGUUAGCCGAAUUUGCAGUCAUUGCUAUUUUUAGAAGGGCCAACAUGCAUCUGACGCUGGUUUCGUUUCGUUCUGCCCACGCGCCGCAAUGUUAUACAAACUUUCAGAUGAACACACGUACAGAAAUAUUGUGUUAGUUUGUUAUUCUGUUUGUACCGAUCGGUGUGCGUCCUGAUAUUUCUACUUCACUUUUGCCGCGUUUGAUCGACAUUUUCGCUUUCACGAUAUAUUUUUUAUAGUGGGGUUAGGAGUUAUGUCAUCUCGUUGCGAACUCCUACGUGCUUUAUCAUUAUUAUUCAUUAUUUUUAGAUUGUGAAAAUAAAGUAUUGAUAAUGAAUUAGGA